AUGAAGAAGAAGCCCAAGAAAAGCCCGGAGCCCGACCCAGGGCUAGAGCCAGAGGGGGCUCCAGUAGAGGAGUCCCCAGUUGAACCUCAUGAUUGGUCGGGAUGGGGCACGAAGUCGUUGUUGAACCAGGCCCAGAAGCCGGACACGGACCAGCAGACGACCCUACAUCCACCAAGAAGAGGCAAGAAAAAGGGUAAGAAGAAAAAGAUGAUCGAAGCCCCAGGCUCGGAACCACCGCCAGCACCGGAGCCUGAAGUCCACAUCGACCGAUGCGCUUUUCCCGAUGACCUAGCGCCAGACGAGCCUUACCCACCCGACGAACCCCUAGCCAUCAACGACCACCACCACCACCACAAACUAGAAGAAGAGCCUCCCCCGCCCCCUUCCCCUCCCCCUGAAACCCUCUGGCCAGCGGACCCAGAGCGCCCCCCAACCCCCGAAAGUCCCGAAAACCCCUCCUGCACCUUCAUGCUCGGCGAUGCAGAUAGCCCGAUAUCCAAGGCGAGGUAUUUCAAGGAACCGUGCAGCCGGCGGAAGCGGCAUUUGACCAGCGAGAGUUAUUGGAUGGAUUGUGUUCGGUGUCGGGCGGAGCUGGGGAGUAUUGCGAGGGGGAUUGUUGCGGGGAAGGGGGGUGGUGAUGGUGAUUAUGAUCGGGUUGAUGGGGAGAAGGGGGAGGGGGAGGGGGAAGGGAGGUGGAGAUGA